UAUUGUAGAAUGGAAGAAAAAGAUGAAGAGACCAAAUCUUUCGACAAGUCCGUGAAUAUUAAAAUAUCCGAAGCGAUUUUAAAAGAGAAGGAAAGUACAUCGACAGAUGACGAUAGUUUGAAGUCGUGCGAAUCCCUAGUGAAAAUUAAGUUAUUUUUUUCGAAGAACAAGUGCCCAGAAGCGUGCACGGAGUGUGGAAAACUCAUUUCAGAUAGAGCACAAACGUCGGAGUACAAACCGCGAACAUUGCGUGAAUCAUCAUCUUGUCAAAAGAAAUCCGAGACAAAGCCCGCGAAAAAAGUGCCACUGUCCGGCAGACUAAAAACCAAAAUGGAAGAAGCUUCUAAGACGCUACAGAGUGCCUUGCCGUUUCUCGAGACGACGACAAUGCGAACAGCGACGAAAGUGAAGUCUCUCUAUAAUCGCUUCAGAGCGAAACGCGUACUGGGAUUCAAGUGCGACUUGAACAAGUGCGACAACACUUUAAUGGAGUGCAGCGCGAGAUCUUGCAGAAAAGUGACUAUGCUCUUCGGUAAGCAAAAUCAUCCGAAACCGAUCGGUUCCGAUAAUAGCGACACUUCGACGAUUUCAAGUACGAGCGAAACAACUCGGGAAUUUUGAUCAUCGCUAAUAUAUUAACUGUAUCUAAGCAAUGUGGAGUAAAAUAAAACAAUUGAAGCAAAUCUUUUUGAUGAUGAA